AUGGAAAUGCUGCCAGUGGAUGAGGUAUCAAGAUCAGCGUACCGACGCGUCAAGUCCCUCGUCCUAUUGCUUGUCUGUGCGCUUGUUGGCGUGGCGGCCACUCGCAUAUCUCGGCCGACCAGCCCCAGCGGACUAGAACAGAGUCCGCUGGUGACGCUACAGGCGCUGGUGGGGGGCGAGACUAUGCUGCCCUGCGACGUGGCGCCCCCAACACCAGGGGACGCCCCCCUCCUCGUGCUCUUCUUCUAUGGCAACAAAGCAACUCCUGUCUACAGCGUGGACGCGCGUGGGUCGAGCGUGUACAACGGCUACCACUGGAGCGACGCGGACCAGCUCGGGGACAGGGCCCACGUGAAGCUCUCCCCCGGUGGCAACAACGGCAUGGUGCUGGCCCGCCUCGUGGUAGAGGACGCGGGACAGUACAGAUGCCGAGUCGACUUCCGGGCCUCUCCCACCAGGAAUAUGAGGAUAAAUCUUACUAUUAUAGUGCCGCCCCGGCACCUGCUGAUCACGAGCAGCUGGGACGAGGGUCGCGUGGUGGAGGGCAACAUCGGCCCCUACCCUCAGGGGGCGGACCUUACCCUCACCUGCCAGGUUACCGGGGGAAUACCGCGGCCACAGAUGCAGUGGCUCCAGGGAGACAGGAUCCUGGACAAUACCACAGAAGUCCAGACCGACCAAGUGACUCGAAAUUCGCUGCGUCUGCCGCGACUAAGCAGAAACGACUUACUGCGCAAGCUGACUUGCCUAGCACAGAACAACAACAUCAGCGAGCCUCUCACGGGCGCUGUCGUGGUCGACAUUGCGUUUCCCCCCAGCUCGGUGAAGAUAUGGGCUAAAAGUAAUUUCAUGCGAGCGGACAAAAUCCCCGAACGAAUGUUAACAACAUCUUCAACUUCAUCGUCGUCUAUUCAAAGCUCUUCGUUCUCGGUUUCAUCGGCCAAGCCGAAGUCAUCGUUGCCGCACGAGGUCGUGACUGUCAUAGCCGAAGAGGAGGCCACUUUGGUGUGCGAGUCAACGGGCGGUCGGCCGCAAGCGCGACUUCACUGGAUGAUGAACGGGCAGGCCGUGUCAGAGGAUCUCGUGACCAGUAACUUUUUGCCAGGCAAUCGAAGAGGAGAAGGCAGGGCAAGUUCUUCUAGUACAGUCAGUGUGUCCUCCCUCAAAUUCGUGCCUUCUUUUGCUGAUCAUUCUGCCUUGGUCAACUGCCGUGCUGAAACGCCGAGGCUGCCCAAUGAAGCGCUUGAAGAACAGGUCGUUCUCAACGUGCUAUAUCGACCAGUUCUGUCGCUGUCGUUCGAGUCGACGCUCUCCUCGGACGACCUCACCGAGGGGGACGAGUUUGUGCUGAGCUGCAGUGUGCACGCAAACCCUCCUGCUGGCGACGUACAGUGGGCCAGAGAGGGCGUGCCGCUGUUGGGCAACGCGACGACAGGCGUGACGGUGAUGGGGUGGCGGGUGGCGGUACAGGGCGCGUCCCGCCGCCUGUCGGGGGCCUACACCUGCGCCGCCGCCAACUCCCUGGGCGCCGCCACCUCCCACCCCCUCACCCUCAACAUCAAGUAUGCCCCGGUCUGCAAGGAGGACCAGCAGAAACAGUACGGCACUGGUAUCCAGGAGCAAGUAGCCGUCACGUGUACAGUAGACAGCUACCCACCACCAACAUCUUUUAGGUGGGCGUUCAACAGAUCCCAGGAGGCGAUGGACAUACCACGCAACACUUACUCUAUGACGGAUCAAAGUAGCGCGCUCAUGUACACGCCCAGAACUGAGAUGGAUUUUGGCUCGCUUCUUUGCUGGGCAGCGAACGAGGUGGGCGUCAUGGACCAGCCGUGUGUGCUCAGAGUCGUCCCUGCUGCUAAACCAGAGCCAGUGGGCAAUUGCGACGUGAUCAACAACAACUCGAUGUCGGCGAGUGAAGCGGUGGUAUCGUGCACGCCGGGCUGGGAUGGCGGCCUCGAACAAUCCUUUACCCUCGAAGUGAGGGAAUCUAAGAACAAGCACUCGAGAAUUCUAGCGUCGGUGCAGCACUCUCCACUGCCCUAUUUUAACUUGAAGGGCCUAAAGCCGAGAGAACACUACUUGUUUAUCGUGACGGCAGUAAACUCCCGAGGUACUAGCCCUCCGGUAACGGUUUCUUACAUUACCCCCUUCAGGGAGCUGCCAUCCAUUGCCUCCCACACGGCGGAUAGCGCUACGUGGAUCUCCUGGACGUCGUUUGUGGCCGUUAUCUUUGGUGCCAUGCUCAGUAUUCUGUCGUGCCUCUGCGCGGUGCUUGGUCUCAUGAAGUUUAAAUCGUCGGCGGGCAACACCGCGGCUCCAAAACCCUCGACUUUGUCACCUUUUCCGCCGCCACUUAAAGCCGCUCCUGGUCGCGACUCCGGCUGUGAUGAACGGGCCUCCAGAAAAAGCUCGUUGACUGGAAUGGGAUCUUCAAACGUAAUCUGCAGUGCUUAUCUGAAUAACGGCAGCAAGUCGAAGGCGAUUGAGUUCCGGCACGAUUGCGAUGGUUUCGAUGACCGUUGCGGCUCGACUUCUUCGAGUUACUGCAGGCUCGACAAGCAGUUCCACAGCUCAUCGACCGACGUUACUUUCUGUAAACUUGACAGGAACGUCAAUUUUUACAGUCUGCGGCGCAACGUGAAUCUUUAUAAGGAGGAUUCUCCGACGACGGAAUAUCGGGCCGUCGAUCGGACGUUCCACCGCGCCGUGACCGACAGAAAUUUGCGAAGCUCGGGAAGUGAUGUGAGAAUUGUCGGUGAUUCUUGCGCGUCCUCCGCCCGUCCACAAGCCUCCUCAGUGCAUUGCUAUAGGGACCGAUUUUCUUGUGACGAAGGGCGAUUUCUUUCUAAUGAGAGCCGAUUUCCGACGCCAGAUGACAACCCAUAUCCACACCAGGAGCGACGAUAUGUGCCUGAUGAUGGUCGAUAUUUCGCUGAUGACGGACGAUACAAUAUCAGUAGCGUAAGCGCGACUCUCAAGACUUGUGGGAACGACAACGUGUAUCAUUGAGUUUCUGACGUGAAUUCAUUUUCCAGAAAUAUACCCUAUUUCUAGGGUGGUUGUCAGAAAUAUGAACUUUACACGUGAUUCAGAAUUUUUUCGGAGCAAAGUGAGAAGACCAUCAACGACGUAAUGCUCAACUUUUAAUUAAAACGUAAUUAAACAAGCCUGCAUUUCGACUUUGCGUUGAAAAUUGAAAAUGUAGGGAUAAACAAAUAGGAAUCUCAGGAAAAAGAGCAUAUCAAUGUACUGUAAAUCCUAGUAAACUAAGCUCGUGUAUUAGACCUGACAAUAUAAUGGAUUUACUCUUGUAAUUUGUAAAAACGAAUGUUUGAAAAUCCUAUACAUUCCUUCAUUUGACUUUCAAAUUUUUACUGCUAUUUUCAGUGGUAAAUUUAAACAUUGAUAUUAUUGUUUACACCGUUUGUACGAGAGGUGCAUUACUUCCUGCAUUUUAACAACAAUGAAAAUAAUACAACACUUAAAUCUAAUAAAAGCACAAUCUUGCGUUUAUAACAUUCUGCACCAUUUCCUUCACUUUCUGAAAAUGUUCAUCAAUGUAUUUCCUCUGCAUGUCUUCCAUUCUCUAAAUGGUUGGUGAUGCACAUCAUUGUUAUUGAUGUUUUUAUGUAAAUACCGAUGUUACUUGUUGUGAAAUUGCUAUUCUACGACUAUUAACGUAAAAUAAAUGUCCCUCGAUUGAGUGAAUCCCACUCCUAAGCAAACAAGUCAAUAUAGGAAAGUGCGUUGAGUAUUUACUUUCGCAAUUCGUUCUCUGUUAUAUAAAAAAUACGGAUAUUUCAAUUAUGGGAUGUUACAUUCGGAAAUUUUAACGCAUAGUUUUUUGGUAUUUUGCCGAACAUGAAUUCUAUAAUGAUAAAUGCUAAUAGAAGACAGACGAUUUUAUUUUUCGUGUAGCAAGUUCAUUUCGUUCUGCGACUGUUUGCUGUGCCAGUGAAACGGUCGUAGCGCCUGCCUCAUCUCGGCACUUAAAGCUGAGGCGGCCGUGCCUCGUAAACGGCGCUAAUUCCCCACGCGGAGCACGGCAAUUGUUCGGGACGUUGACGAGCUCAGCAAACUGAAGAAGUAAAGGCGUUCAAAGAAGUACCUUUAAAAGUGUUUUAUUAGUUGAACUUAACACACUCAAGAAUUUCUUGGACUGAGCUACGCUGCAUUAUAUUGUUGAAAGAAAUAAAGAUCAAUUUAUCGAAUAGUAUUAAUAUUAUGAAAGUACCACUUCAGAUUGAAGGAAAGCAUCAUUCAGAUUAUAAACCUUGAUUGUGGUUCUCAGGUUGAUGACAUUGAUGAAAAAUUCUGUGGCAUUUAGGAUACAUAAUACAAUUUUCUUGUCCAAGCUACGCAUUUUAGGGUAAAAAAUUGCAGUGUUAGGUGAUCAAAGGCAGCAAACGAAUGAUUUUGCAGAUGCACAUUCAUCAGUCAGGCAAAACGAUCAGAUUAACUCUUAAUUUAAUCGAUUGUGGCUUUGAUACUACGUACAUUAAAUAUUUUAAGUCAUUUAUGAAAUUAAUAAUUUCAUGAAAUGAAGGCAUUGCGAACAUACCUUUUUCUCUAUUUGUGCAUUCAUAAAUGUCCUCAGUGAGAGAAUGGAUAUAAUGCACAGGUCCAGCGAAUAUAAAAAUUCUGAUCGUCGAUCACUACUCGAUUGUUUAAAUGCAGGCGCGUGACAAGGCAAUGCAGUUUAUGCAAGGUUUUUCACACAGAAUACUGUAAAUUAACUUUGCUAAACUUGUUGGUUCAACAUAAUUGUACCCGGAAUAUUGAAUGGGAGUCGUCAGUAUGUGUAGUUCUGUCACUUAAGAUAAUCGUUGUGUAUCUCAUGGAUUCGGUGCUCAAACAAAUAUACGU